AUGGGUUGUUGUAAGUACUUUCCAAAUAGUUGUUGCUCUUCAAAAACUUUCGAAAAUCCAUCUUAUUAAGUGAUUCCAAAAGAAACUUCAGAAUAGUUCUAAAAUGAAUUCAUACAAAGUAUUAUAAAUCUUAAUGUGAAUGGUUAUAUUGAAAGAGAAUAGGAAAUAAGUUUACCAAUAAAGAAUUCAUCAAAUACGAAAGAUAUUACUGAUGUUGAAAUUAAAUAAGAAUAUAUGAAGACUAGUUCUAAAUAAUGGAACAUUAAACAAACUAUGUUUGUAAGAGUCAAUUCUAAAAAAAACAUUAAUGAUUCCUAUUUAAUAAAGGAAAUGAUUGGAUAAGGAGGAUUUGGUAAAGUCUAUAAAGUCGUUCAUAAAUAAACUGGUAAGUAGCAUCAAGACUUCUAAAUUAGGAAUGAUAAGGGCUGUGAAAAUGAUAUUGAAGGAGAAGAUGAAGCAAGAGGAUGAAGAACGGUUAUUGGAGGAGACUGCUAUUUUAAUGGAUAUAGAUCAUCCAAAUAUAGUUAAAUUAUAUGAGAUAUUUUCCGAUAAAUAUAGUUAUUAUUUGGUUAAUGAAUAUUGUGAAGGUGGAGAGUUAUUUGAAAAAAUUAAACUUGUUUCGAUAUUAACAGAAAAAGAGAUUGCCAAUUUUAUGAAAUAAAUACUUUCAGCCGUUUCCUAUUGUCAUUAAAAAGGAAUUGUUCAUAGAGAUUUAAAACCAGAAAACAUACUGUUUGAUUAAAAGCAUAGCCAAGCUUCAAUUAAAAUUAUUGAUUUUGGUGCUAGUGCUAAGCUAUAGAAUUGUGAGAAACUGCAAAAACGAAUUGGAACAGUAUUUCAAUUUUAUUUUUUAGCCUUUCUAUGUUGCCCCUGAGGUGCUUGAAGCCAACUAUGACGAAAAAUGUGACAUUUGGUCACUUGGAGUAAUUUUAUAUAUACUGUUGAGUGGGUAUCCUCCUUUUAUGGGAGCAAAUGAAUAAGAGGUUUUGAUAAAAGUCAAAAAAGGGGAAUAUUCAUUUGAUCCAACCGAUUGGGGCAAAGUCACAAAUUCUGGAAAAGAUUUAAUAAGGAGAAUGCUUAUGUAUAACCCUGCAAAUAGGAUUUCAGCUGCUGAUGCCUUAAAUCAUGAAUGGAUCAAAAAUAAUAAAUCAAAAGGAUAAAUCAACAGUUUGACUCUAAGUAAAUUAUAAGAUUUUGAUUCAAAAAAUAAAUUAAAAUAUGCAAUCUUUUAAUUUAUCACUGUUCAAGUAGUUACAAACUAAGAAAAAACUGAUUUGCUCAAGAUAUUUCAAGAAAUAGAUAAAAAUGGGGAUGGGACUGUCAGUAAGGACGAACUGUAUUAGGGUAUUUAAAAUACUAAAUCAUAGCCUAUUUAAAGAUUCAUAAAGGAGAUAAAUUAGCAGCUGAGACUAUUGUAGAAGAAUUAUUUCCCCAAUUGGAUGCAAAUGGUUCUGGGAUAGUAGAUUUUAGUGAGUUUAUUACAGCAACAAUAAACAAAGAAAAGUCACUCAGUAGAUAAAGAAUUGAAUAAUCUUUCAAAUUGUUUGAUUUGGAUUAAAAUGGGUUGAUUACAAAACAAGAAUUAAACGAAUUAUUCGAUGAAGAAAUAGAUGAAUAAAUGUGGUAAGAAAUCUUAGAUUAAUGUGAUACUGAUAAUGAUGGAAUGGUAUAAUAAAUCAUAUAAAUAGAUAAAUCUUAACGAAUUUAUCAAUUUGCUGGAGAAUAAAAUAUCAAAAAAUCCAAUAUUUUUAAAAUGA